AUGAACGGCAGCAAUAGGACGCACUCGGUGCACUUUGACCCGUCCGUCCGGUCCUCCGAUCCAGACAGCGGCCGCUCGAGCGUAUCGACCGCGUCCGCUCCCUUCCCCGAUGCGCCCCUCGCCACGGCACCCGCUGCUGCAGCUGUUGCUGGAGCUCCUGCCCCCGCCCGCAACAGCGUCGUACACAAGAUCUUGUUGCAGACACUGGGCGAGCACUUUGAAGACACGACAGUAGCAGCGGUGCAGAGCUUUGUGGCGGGCGUGGACAAGUACUGCGCAAGCACCGAGAGCUUGGCCAGUCUGGGGAAGUCGCUCUACACGUCGCCGGCAAUGGUCUUUGCCGUGGACGACGUCAUGCGCGUGAUUCUGUGGAACGACCGCGCGGUCAAGUUCUCGGGCUACUCGAGAGAAGAGAUGGCCGGGCGCAAUCUCUUGACCGACGUGCCGAACGUUGUGCUCCCUUCUACGGCCACGAUACUCGCUGAUGCGCUUGUGCGUUGCGUCGCGGGCACACCGAUUGAUAGUGUGGUGCUCGAGCUCACUGGUCGGACCGAGUCGAGGGUCACGUUGUUGGGAUCGUGUACCCCAUUGGUGGGCAAUCCGGUUGGAGCCGGGAUGCUUGUUGUCGCUCACGAGCUGAAUCACUUACCGUUCACGUUGGUGGACAAGAAGACUGUUGCAGACACACCUGUGCUACUGGACCAGAACCAAGGAACACCUGCCGAGACGCAACCGGGUGCUGUACCGAGUGCUGUGCCGAGUGCGAUUGUGCCCUCGAAGCCGGCUGCCGUGCCGAAUGCUGGUACCGUCCCUGCCUCUCUGUCCACGUCCGUUGCGUCGAAUGCGACGUCGAUUCUCGGCUGGAGUGAAAUUGCACCAAACUACUCGAUCGAGUGUGUGCUUGGUCAGGGAAGUUAUGGACAAGUGGUGCGAUGCAAGCACCUACCGACGGGCGAGAUUGUGGCGAUCAAGAAGAUUCAGAAUGUGUUCUCGGACCCGAUUGACGCCAAGCGUAUUUUGCGCGAAUUGUGCAUUGUGCGUCAGCUGCGACACCCGAACAUUGUGCAAAUUCGAGAAAUCAUUGUGCCGCUUGACCUCGACCGUUUCCAAGACCUCUUUGUUGUAUUUGAGUACUUGCCGUCGGAUCUGGAGAAGCUGCUCCAUUCGCCACAAUUUCUUACGGCCGAGCACCUGCGGUGGUUGCUGUUAGACUUGCUGAAAGCGUUGAAGUACAUGCACUCAGCGGAGAUCGUGCACCGUGACCUCAAGCCGGCCAAUGUGCUAUUGAACCUGUCACCCGUAGCCAUCAAGAUUUGUGACUUUGGCCUGGCACGUGGCCUCUCAUCGUCAGGGUCAACUACAGGACGUAAGCGGAAGCGAUUAGGCGAUGAUGCAGCCCCGGAUGAGAGUACACUACAAGGAAUCGGCGUGCAUCCCCGCACGCCUGCCCGUCGGAUCCAGCGUCAACUUACAGAGCACGUGGUCACACGCUGGUACCGUGCACCUGAAAUUAUCUUUCGUGACCACGACUACUCGGCCGCUAUCGAUGUGUGGUCGAUCGGAUGCAUCUUUGCGGAGCUAUUGAGUAUGCAGAAAAGCAGCGUGCCGUCGCACUACCAGCGCGAACCGCUCUUUCCUGGCGUAUCGUGCUUCCCUUUGAGUCCUGGUGCUGGUCAAGUCGCGUUGCCGCAGGAUAGUCGUGACCAAUUGAACACGAUCCUGGACGUGCUUGGGACGAUGGAGGAAGACGACAUUGCAGAAAUCGCAGAUCCCGACGUGCAGUUCUAUUUGCGCAGUCUUCCGCCUCGACCCAAACGCAACUUGCAGGAAAUGUAUUCUGGUGCUGAACCGGAGGCGAUUGACCUGCUUACGUGGAUGCUCAAGAUGAAUCCACGCAAGCGUGCAACGUUGGAUGAAGCGCUGUCGCACAAGUACCUGGCCAGUAUCCGCUCGCUCGAGGAGGAGAUUGUGGCUCCUGGAACAAUCCAGCUUGAGUUUGAUGAGAAGAAGAUGAAUGUGGCGGAGAUCCGACGGCGGAUGGUGAAUGAGAUCCGGUUUUAUCACCCCACUGCUGGCACGAACGCGGCGCCAAGUUCUGCUGCUCGGAUUGCUCAGCCGAAUGGCGUUGUAGGCAAGAAGAAGAAGGCUACGAAACAAGGUUGA